CAGAAAGAGUCCUGUGUUCUUCCUUCUCGAACAUGUGGAAUGGCUGCUUGACGCAUUCCCGUUUAUAAAACAAGUAUCAAAAACUAGGAAUAAAGCGUUUUGUCAUUAUGGGUAAAUUAAACGUCGUUGUUCUGAGAUAUCUUUCAAGAGAUGAUUUUAGGGUCCUUACAGCGGUGGAGAUGGGCAUGAAGAAUCACGAAAUCGUCCCAGCAAGUCUCAUCUCAUCCAUUGCCAGUCUCAAACAUGGUGGAUGCAACAAAAUUUUAAGGGAGCUGGUCAAACAUAAAUUGCUGGCCUAUGAACGCAGUAAAACUGUACAGGGAUAUCGGCUGAAUUACGGUGGUUAUGAUUAUCUGGCACUGAAGACUCUUUCAGCUAGAGAUGUUAUUCUGUCUGUUGGAAACCAAAUGGGAGUUGGUAAAGAGUCAGAUAUUUACAUUGUUGCAAAUGCUGAGGGAGAGCAGUUUGCCCUGAAACUUCACAGACUGGGUCGGACAUCCUUCAGAAAUCUAAAGAACAAGAGAGACUACCACAAGCACAGAAACAAAAUGUCAUGGCUGUAUCUGUCCCGGCUCUCUGCAAUGAAAGAGUUUGCAUACAUGAAGGCGUUAUAUGAUCGAGGAUUUCCUGUUCCAAAACCAGUAGACUACAACAGACAUGCAGUGGUUAUGGAGCUCAUUAAUGGAUACCCUCUAUGCCAAGUUCGACAGAUUCAAGACCCAGCGACACUCUACAGUGAAAUCAUGGAUCUAAUAGUCAAACUUGCUAAUCACGGCCUGAUCCAUGGAGAUUUCAAUGAAUUUAAUCUUAUGCUCGAUGACAACGACCAUGUCACAAUGAUUGACUUCCCUCAGAUGGUCUCCACCUCCCAUCUAAAUGCAGAAUGGUACUAUGAUCGGGAUGUCAAGUGUGUUCGAGAUUUUUUCAUCAAAAGGUUCAACUACGAAAGUGAACUAUAUCCAACAUUUAAAGACAUCAGAAGAGCAUGCUCUCUUGAUGUGGAAAUCUCAGCUAGUGGCUACACCAAGGAGCUGCAGCAGGAUGACUCUUUGCUCCAUCCUGAAGGUCCAGAGGGUGAGGAACUCUGUGGAGAUGAAGACAGUGAACACCCAGAGUCUGAUGAUGAAACAUGUCAGCUGGCUUCAGAGGAGGCUAUCAGCAUGGAGGAAUAUAAGACUGCCAUGCUGGAGCUGGAAGGUCUGAAAAUUAGUAAGGAGAUCCCAUCAGAGGAGAGCGAUGUGGAGGAGCACGAGGGAGCUGAAUGUGAAAGCAAAAUCCCCUCAGAGGACAUUCAGAAAGAAACUGUGUGUGACAUUAAGGACUUGGGGCGGGAAGAACAGGGUGAGGGAGGGGAUGAGUGUCCGGAUUUGGUUGACAUGUCUGCAAGCAACAAAGAAUUCAGACCUUUCAGAGACCAAGUUAGGACGAGAACAACAAGUGAAACGACCAUUGGAAGUGUCUGCAGUUGUUCAACCAUUCCACCUGAGAUCAUCAGGCAGAAAGUAAAGAGACAGCUUACCAAACAGCAGAAGGCCGCUCAGAGACGACGUCUUCAGAAGGGCGAGGCCAAUCUGGUGACAAAAGAGAGGAGAGAAAAUCACAUGAACAUCAAGAGCAGUCUGGAGGCAGAUCAGUUUUGGGGAUGAGGAUGGCACAGAAAUGUCACCCCAGGACUUUUGACAUUUAUUUUGCAUUUGUUGUGUGAAAAUUGUGUAUGAAAAUAAAACGACUGCAAAAAAGUCUGCCAGCA